GAACUGACACCAGGUAUUAGGAAUCGCCCUGUUAAUCAUGAUAAUGAUCCUAUGUACUUAAUACUGUGGGUUGUUCCCCUAACCUUUAAUUCGAGAUUUGUGCUGAAUCGAUUCUUGGAACAGACUCACUCAGUGUUGCAAUCGAUUUCAGAAUAUUAGCAAGGGUUUGAAUCGUUAUCAUUUCCCUUGCUUCCAUUUGUAGGAAGCUGCCUUAAUCACGAUAAACCCAGGCUACGCAGGCAGGACCGAGCUCCGGGACAACCUGGAGGCCGCUUCAGAUCCGUCUCCAUGAUUGUGCCCAACCACACCGUCAUCGCAGAGGUGUGCUCGGGUGCCGUCAUUCAUUACAUUAUGUAAUGAACGCAAUAACGGAUGUAUUCUGGCGUGUUACAGAACCGUUUCACGUUGUCUUUUUUGCUGUAGGUGGACUUGUGAGCUGAGGGCUUCAAGUCCAGUGAGACUCUGGCGAAGAAGAUGAUUCAGCUGUAUAAGCUGUGCAGCAAGCAGCUUUCCCGGCAGGACCACUACGACUUCAGCAUGAGAGUCGUCAACUCUGUUAUCGUCAUGGCCGGGUCUCUGAAGCGAGAGAACCCACACCUGAGUGAGAACGUGGUGUUGAUUAGAGCGCUACGAUACUCCAACCUGCCCAAGUUACUCAAGGAUGACGCAGAACUUAAAAUAAAAUAAAUUGAUAAAUAGUAAAGAACGCCAAAGCUUACAUGUGGAGUAUCAAAGGUCAUUAUCACAGGAUCACUGGAAUCAGGCACUAGGAGGAAAUUCCAGGACAAAUUAGGAAAUACAAUUAACUGACAUUUGCAAAUUCUUUGCAACUAAAAAGCUGUAAUUAUAUAACUUUUUUUUAAAGCAUUUAAAGUAUAUAACAUUAGCACCUUGUAAUGUUAUACCAGAUGAAAAGUAAAGAAUCCUGGAACAUCUGAACAUCCAUAAUCUGAAAAUCUUGAACCUAGUGUCAAUCGAGUCAAUCCAAUCUUUCUUGUGUGCGUUUAGCGGUAUUCUGUCGGACCUCUUUCCUGUGUGGGCGUCCCCGAGCAUGACUACGGCGCGCUUCAGUCGAACAUCGAGGCAGCUCUAUGCGCCCACUCCCUGCAGCCCGUCUCCAGCAUGACCGCCAAGGUGAUCCAGCUGUACGAGACCAUGCUGGUGCACCAGGGCGUCUUGCUGGUGGGCCCUACAAGAGGCGGUAAGACCACGGCGUACCGUGCCCUCGCUGACGCACUGCGCACCCUCCACGAGACAGAGGGCUGCGAGGUGAAUCCCUUCUACAAGCCCAUCGAGACCGACGUGCUCAACCCACAGUCAGUAAGCUUGGACGAGCUGUAUGGUGAAGACGACCCUCUCACACUGGAGUGUAGUGCCAUCAAACCGUCCCUCGGCAGUGACAUCGCCGACACGCACAAGUGGGUGGUGAGUGACGUACCUGUGGACGUGCCUGUGGAUUGAGAAAAUUACCCCCGUGUUGGACAACAACAAGACGCUCUGUCUGGCUAACGGUGAAAGGAUCAAGCUCACACCUUCUACACACAUGUUAUUCGAGGUGUUACCUAUCAGACACAGGUAGCAUCGGUCCUAAAAACCAUCACAAACAAGCACAAGCAUAUCAUUUCCAAGAAGAUUUUUUUUUUUACAUUAAACGCGUUCCUGAUGGAAAGGUCACACACAAACGUAUCUUUAAGACUUCACUCUUUCACACGCCUAUAAUGAGCGAUAAACGCAUUUGAAGCAUGUUAUAAAGCCUCCGUAAUGCAUUACGCAUAGUAUUUAAAUAAAUAUUAUUAUAAUAACAUGCACUACACUACAUUAUGCAUUAUGAAGUCUUAACGUAUUGUUAACACGUCUUUACUGUGAGCGGGAUGAUGACCAGACAGAGGCAGGCUCCCAGGUACUUAUAUCCGUAGACGUACUGAUACAGAGCCAUUCUGGCCACGCAGUAAUCCACAUCCACGUCCCAGUUUUAGCACAGCUGCCUCUGCCACUCAAAGUUACUGCUCGAGUCCACCUACGUGAACACAUACACAAAGACAUGUGAUAUAUACGAUCUCAUUGUAUACGAAUUGGGCAUUCUCGCUGACGAUAUAGCGUGGAUAGUUUAUAAUGAUAGUUUAUAAUAGUUUUCUCUAAACUGAUCCUCCAACCCCCAAUAGUUAACCUCACCUAAAACGUCUUACAUUUAGACAGAUUUUCUUUUAAAGUCUUUAAUUUAUUUAUUCAUUUUCAUAUGGUUCAUUUACAUGUGAUUCAUUUACGUUGAUUCAUUUACAUGUGAUUCAUUUUCAUGAGAUUCAUGAAAAUUCAUUUUUUUUUUAAAGUGGCAGAAUUCGUUUUUAACACAAUAUAUAGAUUAAAAAAAUUAUAUAAUUUCUUUUCCAUUUUUUUAUACAACUGAUAUUUUCUCAUAGAAUGUUAAAUACAUAUAGAGAAAUAUAUACAGAAUGAAGGACAAGGUUUUGUGCCUGUGCCACCUCCCACACCAAUGAGUGUUGGGUUGAGUCAUCCCCUAAGCUAACCCUGCCUGAGCCUUUUUAUUAAAGGUGUUUAAUUUAGUUUGAUGUGGUUUAGUUUGUUAGAAUGUGAAUUUAUCCGUUAUAUGUAGGCUAGCUAACUGCGUAGUUAACUAACGUUAGUCAGCUGACAAGAAAAAUAUCAGACUUUUUCCUCAUCCCCUGCCUGUCCAAACCCUGCCUCCUCUACAUCAGAUGCCGACGAUGUUGAGACCAACUCGACCAGUGAAAGUUCUCAAGUGACAUUUGAGUCAUCCCAGCCCGUUUCAAUCGGUGUGCAAUCUUUUACAGAUGAUGACAGCCAAGCGCAGCGAGUUGAGUCUUCUCCCGUCCCUGCGGCUCUCAUCCCGACAAGACAGUUUAAAUCAGCUUGGCUACAAGAGUUCGCCUGGUUACGUUAUGACGAAGGGAAAAUGUACUGCACAUUUUGCGCUAAAGCAGGACAAGAUAUUGCUGGUAAAACAGAGUUCAUUACCAGUUCGAGUCAUUUUAAAAAAGAAACCGUAAAGAAGCAUGGAGACAGUACAAAACAUGAGACCGCCAGGGAUUGUGUCAUUGCUAGGUCUGCCCCUCGUGCCACCCCAAUCGUGAAAGCAGUGCAACGUGCUAGUGAUAAAGUCACUGAAAAAGAGAUGAGGGAAUUGAAAAUAAAAUUCAAUGCAGCCUACAUGACUCUGAGCCUGAAUAGCAGGAAAUGAAUAAAAAAGUGAAAAAAAAGAA